UCACUUGUUGCAGCUCAACCCCCCUCCCCAACCUCUCUCAAUCGCAAAGUCCAAAAAAAUCUCUCUUUCUUUGAUUCUUUCUAUGUCAAAGUCCUCAAAGUGGACAUUUUCUUUCGGGAUCUCUUCUUUGAAUUCUCUUCCAACUUGUAUCUACAUUUUCCGUCCACUUUUAAAACCCACCUGUCCAAAUUUCUUCUCAUUGCCUCCUUUUAAGAAGGGGAAAAACCCAUAUUGUUUUUAGAAUUUAAGCGCAUUUUCUCAUCUGGGUUCCCCUCAUUUCCUUCCAUUUCUUUGUACUUGUUUGGUUGCUUUCUUUAGAUGUUAAACCCCAGUUGGGUUAUGAAAUUUUAAACCUUCUCUCAUCCGGUUAUCCCUCAUUUCCUCAGGAAACAAAAAUCCCACUUGAGUCUGCAAUUCUUGACUGUUUCUUAUCUAGUUAGCUCUCAUUUCUUUUCUCAUAAAAGUAUAAAGAUCUAAUCUUUUUGCAGAAUUUCACUCAAAGUCUCAUCUGGGUACUCUCAUUUCCUGACAACUUAAAAGCUUUCUCGUCUGCAAGCGAUGGAUAAGCCCGGUUUUGAUGAAUCAACAGCAGUGGCAAUAACAGGGAAGAUCAUGGUCAUAGCCAUAAUUGUUCUCUUCUUAGUGGUGGUUUUUGUUCUUUUUCUUCAUCUUUAUGCUAAAUGGUUUUGGUGGCGCAUUGAAGAAUCGGCUCCUCCUCCUUCACGCCGCAACCGACGCCGUUUUGUCUUUGCUCCGGGGCAAGACACUGCUCAUCCUCUACGUGCAACUAAAGGCCUUGAUCCCACUAUUCUUGCUUCGCUUCCUGUGUUAAUGUUUCGCCAAGAAGAGUUCAAAGAUGGACUUGAAUGUGCCGUUUGCUUGUCUGAGCUUGUAGAAGGAGAGAAAGCUAGGCUGCUUCCUAAAUGCAACCACGGUUUCCAUGUUGAUUGUAUUGAUAUGUGGUUUCAAUCACACUCUACUUGUCCUCUUUGUAGAAAUCCUGUUGCUGCUGUUGAGGUUGAGAAUUCAGGUUCUGUUACGUCAGGAGAUGAAGUUAAUGCUAAUGUUAAUGGUCAUGUUCAGUCUCCACAGGAUGGUUUGGCUUCUGGACAUUCAACAGAUUCCCCUAGUUUUCCGACUAAUGUGUUGUUUUGGGGUAAUCAGACUCAGGUUAGCAGCGGCGGUGCCUCUUUGGAAGAGGGUGCAUCUGCUUCUGCUUCUGUUUCUGGUUCUUUUGCUUCGUCUUCCGUGGCAUCUGGUAGUGGUAGGCAAGAAGGGAUGUUGGUGAUUGAUGUUCCUACGAAUGUGAAUGAGAAUUUCCCAGAGGAGGAAUCAAAGUCUCCAAUGCCUACAAGAUUGAGGUCUUUGAAGAGGCUUUUAAGCAGGGAAAAAAGGGUGGCUCCUAGUAGUUCAGGAAGCAGUUCUGUUGAUGUUUGAAGUUACUCAGUAGAUGGUUGAAUAUAAGGAGCUGAUUUACCUGAAUAUCUAUUUUACAUUAUCCAGGCAGUAAUGGUUGGAGAUGAUCAAUUGGAUUCUUACCAUCCUUGAGAAUUUGUGGGGUUCUCUUGGGAAACAAUGGUUUUGCUCAAUGAUAUGAGUUGGGCAUUUUGAGGCAUUGAGUCUCUUGUACAAGAUGUUGGUAAUUCCGUAGCUGAAACAGGUUUCGAGCAAAUGUUUGAAAUAGGUGAUGUAUCUGGAGAGAAUGGGCUUCUCUGCAUCACGGAGGUGAAAGAAUCUAUCUUCUCCUACAAUAUAUGUAUCAGAAACAAUUCCUUCUUCUGCAGAAGACUUUGUUUCAAUCUGGAUUCAUCUAUUGUGAAGCUAUUAAUCCAACUCCUCAACAUUUUUGUUGCUUA